CAUCAUUCAAGAAACAAUUUAUAGUAAUGUCUAGCUAUGGCAUCUGCUCAACCUGGUACAUCAUCUUUGGCUCAAGCAGUUGAUAAUCGAGUAUUUUUGUUCCGCCUUCAGAUACUAAUUAUAGAUGGUGGACUUACAGUUUUAAGAAAUUAUGUAGAUCACGAACUUUUAGCUCAAUCUAUUACUCUCAGCGGUUGUCUUGCUAAUGAAAAGGCCACUAUUCAAUUUUUGAAGGGACGUGGUUUAAUAACACAGGUGCAAUAUGAUUUAUUGUUUCCACCGAGUGGCACUGUUUCAACGUCAGAUUUGGACAUCACACUUACCAUUUGUCUCAUGAGAAACCUAAAAUGUUUUAAGUUAAAUAAAAAGUUUAAUUGGAACAUUCCGCCAAUACAAAGUGAUACUUCCAUCGAGGCAGACAUUUGUAGACUGAAGAAUUACAGGAACGAAAUUUGUCAUAUAUCGACCACUACAGGAAUACAACAUAAUGAUUUUAUUACAAAGUGGAAAGAAAUCGAACAGAUUCUCCUUAGAUUCGAUAAGGUGUAUCCAAUCAAAGACUUUCACCAGACAAUAACUGACUUUGAAUUCAGCCCUCUUGAUCCAAAAACAGAACAGAGGGUAACGGAUGAAAUUGAAAAAUGGGAAAGUCAUGAUAAAGCAGUAGAAGUUGAUAUAGAACUUCUGAAAGCAGGUCAUAAAGAGACUAUUGAAGACUUGAAGACGGUUAAAACUGAAAUAGAAGAAAUAAAAGAACGACUACCAACAAAACAAACGAUUUCAAAUAUGCAAGAUGAAAGAAGGCAGGAAAACGAGAGGGAUGGAAACUUUAUUCAAAGUUUUUUUGAGAGGAGACGCUAUCGCCAGAAGAAAAAAAAACUUCAAAGAGAUCUCAUUAAAUUCUAUAGAAACAAGUGUAGUUCGAUACCUCUCUCGCCGCUUUUUGAAGAAGUAGAGACACCUCUAGCUGGGUUCUACGUAAUGCCAGAUAUAGUCGCCAUUAAACAGAAGUCUCCUUCAAGUGACAUGGAGGUGAAAACGCCAGUCAAAUCUUUAAGGGACCUGUUUCCGGUUGGAAGCGGUAACCAGCAAGAAAUAUAUCUAUCAGCAGACGCAGGCUUUGGAAAAACUGCUUUGUCAAAAUACCUUACAAUCACGUGGUGCCAGGCUCAUCAUAAAGACAAAAACUAUAAAUGUUUUAAUGAUGAUGAGUUAAAAGCUUUAUCUGACUUUGAGUUAUUAUUUUUGGUGUUAUUAAGAGAUUGUUCUGAUAUCUGUAGCAUAGACAAAAUGAUUGAGCAACAAAUUAUUGAACAACUUCCUAAGUCAGUAUCACUAGAAGAAAUUUUACGUAAAGAUAAGUGCUUGAUUAUAUUAGACGGUCUUGAUGAAUGGACACACCCUGAAAAUGGUUGUUCCAGGCGAAAUGAAAAAAUCCCACAUCGGUACGUACGUGAAAAGUGUGUUAUCUUAACGACUACGCGUCCAUGGAAACUUGGAGUUUCAAAUCUAAAAACAAGUCAGGUAAACAAGAAAAUAGAGUUGGUUCAACUUAAUGAAGAUUCUACGUUGCAACUUGAGAAAAAUGCUUUAAGUAAAAUGACGGGUGUUCCUGAUGGUUACAAAUUGACGAGUAAAACACGGGACUUAAAUAAAGUGAUACGUGAUUGUGGCCUUCAGCACAUGCAAAAGAUUCCACUCCUCCUUAUGUUUAUCACUUGUCUUUGGUGUAACAGAAUUCCCAUAGUUAACUCGAAAUGUGAUGUUUACACCAAAAUCAUUGAAUUUCUUUUAUCAAGAACAGCAAAGAAACACCCGGAAAUUCAACCAUCUUCUGAUGCUUCUGCCUGCGAUAUCCCAGAAUAUUUCAGAAAUCACAACUUUAUAAAAAAGUUUUACUCUCUUAUUAAAUCAUUAUCAGAACUAGCUUAUCAAACAUUAUUUAAUGAAACAAGAGAAAACACGCUGGUAUUUGACAGAUCGGUUGCUGAAACAUAUCUCAAAGCAGACGACAUGAAAAUAAGCCUUUUCUCAGGAAUUUUGUCAGAAGGUAGGACUAAGACUUUGAUAAAAGAAAUUUCUAAAGUGUCAUUUUCCCACAAAACAGUUCAGGAAUUCUUUGCCGCAAUAUUUAUAAGUUUUCACGUAGACGCUCAGAAAAUUGUUCUAGAAAACUGUAGAAACAUUCAAGACAUUCUAGAUAUGUCAAACAUUUAUGAAUUUAUAAGUAAAAUGAAUUCUGACUGGAUGUGUGCAAUAUUAAAUGAUUUGAUGUCUGUGAUGAAUAAAGACGAGAAAACACGCGACUUUAGAACUAGGACAGGUUACAAGGACAUUGACAAUAAUCCAUUGUAUAACAUACAGAAAAUGUUCAUGUCGUGUUUACAAGAAAUACCUGAAAGUGAAAACAUUCAAUUAUGUUUACAAGAUUUCUUCAUUGUCGGGUACAUUGAGCACAGUGAGCAGUUACAACAUUUGUUAAAAAAAAAUAAAAGCAAUAUAAAAUCACUUUAUAUAGAAAGUAUCAGAUACGCUUUUAGCUGUUUACGUGAAAUUAUAGAUUUAUUCUCCAGCAAAGAUCUCAGUCAUAUACAGACACUUUACUAUAAAGGUUACUUCAGUAUUGAGAAGUUGUUUCCUACUUUUCAGAACGUUACUUUGGACUCGGGUGAAUGGGCAGAUGAUGAAGAAACUCUGAGUAAAAAUUUGGCGCGAGUACAAAACUUACAAUAUUUAGAUAUUGGUUGCUUCUCUUUUUCUCACAAAAUACUGGAAACAUUUUUCAAUUUUAUCUCCGGUCAAAAAACAAUGAAAGAGUUAACAUUGCAUUUGUUAUUCUGUAAAAAACAUUACGACCAUAAUUGUAAGAGACUGAACUUGGAUUUGUCUCAACAUUCAACUCUUUCAAAUUUAGCCUUGCAUAUGUUACCUUGGAGGCUACAAUUGAAUAUAUCAACACCGUCAUUAGUUGAUGUUAAGUUGUGGAAAAUCAAUCUAGAUAAAAGUUCAUUGUUACUGUCACCUGACAUGCUAAAUAUUGAACGUGUUAAUUUGUCGACGAUAGAAAUGUCUGCAGCAAGUUUACAGAAUUUUUUUUCCGUGUUGGAAAAUCUGCCUCAGUCAGUUACAGUAAAGAUGAACGACAUUAAACCGAGAACAGAAUAUAAACGUUUCAAAAAAAAUAUUCGGAAAUCACAAACUUUUCAUGUGAUACAGGACGACGACUUCUGUCUGACGGUGUUUGAGUUCAAAACAAGGAAACCAAGUAAAGAAUAAACAAGGACAAAUAUUUAAUAUAAACUGAAGAAAUGACUUCAAGACUUUGAAAAAAAAGAAAACAAAAUGGAAACUUAAAAUACGAUUGAUGAAACUUAAUUUUAAUGUUUGGUCAUUUAGCAUUUAAACAAGUAAUUUCUUUUCUAACUAACAGUUGUUUCUGAAUAUAGUGAUUGAAAUGG